UAAGCUUUGAUGUCGUCAUUUGUUGAGCGAGUCCCGAGCUUUGUGUGGGCUAUGGCAGUCAAAACUCGAAGGCCUAUAUGAGCUAAGUGGUAAAGAAGAGCCAAGCUGAAGGCCGUGAUUUCGAUGGCUGAGACUCCGACGAUGGAAGAUAACAAGCAGAGGAAGUGGAAAAGAAAAGGCACUUCAUCCUCGUCGGCUCGAAUCAAUAAUUUGGACGAUGGCUGUUUGAUGCAUAUUUUCAGCUUCCUUUCCCCCAUACCAGAUCGGUAUAACACCGCCCUCGUUUGCCACAGAUGGCGUUACUUGGCAUGUCAUCCGAGGCUGUGGCUGCGAGUAGAACGAUCUAUUAAAGAUUUGUCCGAGUCUGGAGUUUUCCCAACCGUUGAGGCAGCUGUUGCUGCUGCUAGGCCUGGGGACACCAUACUAAUUGCAACAGGUGGAGUUCAUUCUGCCUCUAACAUUCAAAUUACAAAGCCACUUUGCCUGAUUGGUGGAGGUGAACUUCCUGAGGAGACAACACUUUUCUGUAGUCGUGGUUCGGAAAGCUACGUGGCAUAUAAUGUAAUUUGCAAUGUGCUUUGGAGUUCCUCUGUACCAGUAAACUCUCUAACUUAACAGUGAAGGCAGAACUUGGUUGCUGCUUGGUUCACAGAAAGGGAAGAUUAAUUAUUGAUGGAUGUGUU